AACGUUCCGAUUCGUCCUUCUCCUUGCCGCGGAAACGAGACUUCACUCUCCCGCGUGUCUCGUUUCUGCGCGCGAAAGGAGACUCAACCAGAUGUGGUUACGUCUGUCGCGAGAGAAAGUUUCGCGACGUCUCCUCAUUUUCCUCGUCUUCCCUUCUUCGAGCACGGGUCGCUCCUAUCGUCCCAGACGUUUCAAUUCUCCUUGUCGCGCGCCUUCGCAGAGGUCAACAAUAUGUUGUCAUCCGGAUUACACAAUCCGCUCGCCUGGCGGGGGCUCGCGGCCGAUACGCGUGCUCGUAUGUGCCGUGACAUGUGUAGAACACCAACCGGGUGAUAACUGUCAUAAGGAUACCGCGCGCAUCUGCUUUACAUCCCGCGUUUUAUCUUUUCGCGGCAGGUAAUGACGAGGAUGGACCAAACCGUCUGAGCCGUCUCGUGAAUCACCCCAGGGUGUCGAGCGAAAUUCCAAGUGCCACAGUUAUGUACAUGCGAGUACUAGCGAUCUAUGGGAAAAGAUUUCGUUUCAAAUACUGGAAGAUGUCUGUUGCGUGCAUACAAGAGCGAUAAAUAAUUGGACUGCUGCAAGGAAGAGCAUAGAAGUAGAUUGUUGAAUUUACGGGGCGCGUAUCACUUAUGGAUAUUAUGUCGGGCACUGGGUCUAUCAUAUCGCAAACCAUCGCCCAUCUGCCGGAGAAGGAGCAUGGGCCUGUCCCGAUUGUAGACUACUCCAGCAUCAGAGGCAAGAAUGUCCUGGUUAGUCCAUCUGAGGAUCAGUAUGAAUUAUUGCUGAGGAGGCUGAAAGAAAGGAUUCAAGACGGAGGCAGCGAGACAAUCUUUGACAUUGGUAUCGCCGAAGAUGGAUCUGAGGAUGGAUUGAAGGAGGACGAGUACGAAGCCUCAGUCGCUACUUUACAGUCUCUCGCCGCGACAUUGGAAGCGGAUUGCGUGCUUCUACGUCAGAGUAAAGCGGAUCACGGUCUAACGGGACAGUAUCUAGUGAGAAGACGCCUAGAUCGACAAGAUUUCUUAGAGAUUAGGGUUGCCGUGGUUGGUAAUGUAGACGCUGGUAAAUCGACUUUGUUGGGAGUGCUGACUCAUGGUGAGCUUGAUAAUGGACGAGGAUUGGCGCGUCAGAAAUUAUUCCGCCACAAACACGAAGCUGAAACAGGACGGACUAGCUCUGUUGGAAAUGAUAUACUAGGCUUUGAUAGCGUUGGUAAUGUAGUUAAUAAGCCUGAGCACGGGUCAUUGGAUUGGGUGAAGAUUUGUGAAAAAUCCUCUAAAGUAAUUACAUUCAUCGAUCUCGCUGGUCACGAGAGAUAUUUGAAGACGACUGUUUUCGGAAUGACUGGACAUGCUCCAGAUUUUGGUAUGCUGAUGAUCGGAGCGAAUGCCGGCAUUGUAGGGAUGACGAAGGAACAUUUAGGACUUGCCUUAGCUUUGUCAGUACCGGUAUUCGUCGUCGUGACGAAAAUCGAUAUGUGCCCACCGAACGUUCUGCAGGAAAAUUUGAAGUUACUGAUAAGGAUUCUAAAGUCUCCUGGUUGUAGGAAAGUUCCGGUUACGGUGAAAACCCCCGAUGAUGUGGUAGUUAGCGCUACUAAUUUUGUCUCGGAACGUUUGUGUCCAAUAUUUCAAGUAUCCAAUGUGUCCGGCGAAAAUCUAAAUCUUCUUAAAAUGUUUCUCAACUUAUUAACCGCAAGAAUUACUAGUCAUGAUGAUGAACCUGCUGAAUUUCAAAUAGACGAUACAUACUCUGUACCAGGAGUUGGUACAGUGGUGUCUGGUACGACUUUAAAAGGUAUCAUAAAGUUAAAUGAUACUUUGCUACUAGGACCCGAUCCACUUGGUCGUUUUACACCUAUAACUGUCAAAAGUAUUCAUCGGAAGAGGAUGCCUGUCCGCGAGGUGAGGGGUGGGCAGACGGCCAGUUUCGCCCUGAAGAAGAUUAAACGAUCGCACAUUCGUAAGGGUAUGGUAAUGGUUGCACCUGCCCUUAAUCCACAGGCCUGUUGGGAAUUUGAAGGUGAAAUUUUGGUACUACAUCAUCCUACAACAAUCAGCUCCCGUUAUCAAGCAAUGGUACAUUGCGGCAGUAUAAGACAAACUGCUUCUAUACUAUCAAUGUCUCAGGAUUGUCUGCGAACGGGCGACAAAGCCUUAGUACAUUUUAGGUUUAUCAAACAUCCUGAAUAUAUAAAACCCGGACAGAGAAUGGUGUUUAGAGAGGGUCGUACUAAAGCAGUGGGAAACGUAGUGAAACUUAUACCGCAUUCGAAUAGUAUAACUACGCAGGCAUCCAGAAUUAAUAAGCCGAACAAAACGUCGCAGAGUCGGCAGAAUACAAACGUGCAGGCGCUGGAAAUAACAGAAACAGAUUCGAUGAUUGAAGCACAAACAGCGAAACAGGAAAAUGUACCGCAAAAAUCUGGAUUGAAUCAGAAUAAGAAGGGCAGAGGUCGGAGGGGAGGACGAUCUCAUAAUGCUAUCAACAGUAUUCAGCCUUUAACAGAGCAGAACCCUCCUGCAAAAGUGUAAGAACCGUGUACAAAGAACACAUUAAUAAUUAAUGGUCUUGUAACUUUCUCCUACAUGAGUACAUAUAAGUUUCUCAAAAUGUGAUCUACAAUACAAAACUACUGUAUUCUUUACCAAUUUUUCUUCUGAUAAAAAAAAAACCGAUUCUA